AUGGCGGCCAACAACCUACGAAGCGUUUACCAGCAAUACAAGCACGAUACGGAUGUCGUGGCAUCAUGGCUCGCGUCUACAGCCAAGUCAUUUGGCUACAACAAGCCCCUCGAACCGCCUGCUCCUACGGAACAGAAGACGCAAAGGCUCAAAGGCAAAGCCAGAAAAGCCGGCACUACUACGCAGAGUGGAUCAGACAAGCAGACGUCCAAGCCGAAAUACACCCUUGCUAUCAAGGACUUCAUACCUUUGUCUGCUCACAUUGCUAAGGUCAAAGGCACUGUGGAGGUGCCGGACUACUUCAACAUUGCACUUGAUCGGGUGAUAUCGGUUCGAAGUGCUUUCUCGCACAAGCUGGCAGCUGCCGGCGAAGCUGUCGACAAAUCGUCAGAUGACCGUCACAGCUUUUUUGUUACUGUCCUAGAAAGUGUCCGCGACGCACUCAAGCCUUUGAUGAGAAACGAUGCUCUCGAUCUCAACCUCAACAGCAUCAAGAAUGCUACGCCUCGGAGUGGUAAAGACCGAGUCAGACAGACUGAAAUUCGCAACAUCUUCGAGGUUUUGGAUGUAUAUGAGCCAUCGGCGGAGUUCUUGGCUGCACCAGACGUGGUACCUCCGCCUAAACCUCUGAAACUGGAUUACACUGCUGAGGUGUUGACCGACUCCGUCAUUGAUGCCUUUAUGGCAAUGACCAUGUUGAUGGACGACCUCUCCCGCCUUCGUGCUGAGAUUGCAGACCUGUGGGGUCGGCACCAUUCGGGAGAACUCGAUUUGGCAACUGUGUCGGUAGCGACCAACACAGCCAUUCAGCUUGCGCACAGCAUGCACGACGAAGUUUAUCCAGUGAUGAAGCAUCUCGUCGAAAGCGUGCCGUUUCAUGAGGUGUACUUUCUGGCUAUCGCUAAAGAAGCUGGUGUUGACCCACAAGCGAAAGGUUGGUUCGGCUGGUGGAACGACUACAACUUCGAAGCCUACGACAUCGCAGACGCCCUGUUCAACAACGCCCGUAAUGGCCUCCUGGUCUACCUUUACAACGAUCUCUCCGCGUCCGGGUCAGUCAUGGACUACAAUGGUAAAUGGGGUCGAUUCGAUGAAAAUGAGGGUCCACCACCCAGAACGAACAAGCAAAAGUAUGCCCGCGAUAAGUCGACGUUGAUGGAAGUGUUCCAAGAUCUUCCCUUGCUACACAAUCAUCCGGGAGCGGUUGAGGAUCAGUUCGUCAUCGCCUUCGAGGCAGCGCGGAAAUCCUAUGCAAGGGAGAAUACGAACAAGCAACCACCAAUCUGGUCGUGCUUUGCAUUCCAGAUAUAUCUCGACAUCAUUUACUCUACCGAGGUUGGUGCGGGCUGGACGCAGAUGCGCAACGAGUUUACUACGCUCCAGAAAUACGUUGAGACAUACCCUAGAGCUUCUUCCGAUAUGAAGGAAUUGGUAAAAUCAGUCGAUAAGAUCAUGGAGGUCGAUCCCAUCGCGAUCAUCCGAUCGGCGUUUACUUUUCCUUACAAGGACUAUACCGUAUGGCGUCGCAACCCCACACAUUGUGGUCUUUGGAUUCACUAUGCGCGAAACGUCUUCCAUAGAGAAGCUGUCAAGUACGCCGCAACACCCGGGGCGGUCAUGUGCGUAACGCAAUUGUACCAUGCCCUGCGCCAGACUGAGCUUCUUUCGGAAGAGUGGAAGGAUCUUCAGACGCUGUGGGACAUGCAAGGAAAUUCGGCUUACUUCAUUGGCGAGCCCCCUAAAGACUUUGAGGGACAUUGGAAGAACUUUCUCAUGGCUAUUGGUGCUUCAGCAACUAACUGGGCAAGCUCAAAGAGGAAUACGAAGGUCAAUGAGACCAAAGCGAACGCACGUUUGUUGAAGUUCAAGGGUCCAGUAUCGGCCUGGAUGGCUUCGCGUAUUUCAACAAAUGGCGACGAACGACUCAUCACAGCUGAAACAAUUGAAGACGAGAUCAAAGAAGGCGCACGCCAUCAUUCCUCCCUCGCCGCCGUCAUGCCGGCCAUUCAAAGGCAAACCCACGUCAUACAAAAAUUGGCCACUGCUCUCCACGCCGAGGCUCCAGAAAUCACGUUCGAUUACUUCACCAUGCAUGACCUUUGCUGGGAGUUGAUGGAAAGGAUGAAGGAGCAGUUCAGUCCUAUCAUUGCUGCCAAAUCUGGGAAGCAGUGGGAAGCACAUAAGAGCAACCUGCCGUUUGUUGUUGGCUUCGUCUUCUCUACGGCAGCGGGUAAAAAAGACAUCGAGACGGACGGUGUGCCUUCGGUAGAGCUGUUAAAGAUCGCUGUGCAAGUUACGAAGAAGUUCUUGGAGGAAGGUAAAGGUAGUGUGAUUACCGAGAGAGGACGCCUGGAAGGUCAUUUCGAGUCAGCUGGGACAGAAGAAGUGGAAAUGUGGAAAGCCAAAGUGAGAGACUCCCUCACCUCGAAGGUCUUCGCGGUUUAA